UUAUCCCCCUUCGAUGUUUGUGUUUUUCUUUUUAGAAGAAAUAGGGCCUACUGCUCUCUUUAAUUAAAAUAUAAUCUUUCAUUAUUAGAUCUAUCGCGUCUAUUUAAAAAAAAUGCAGGCCUACGAAAAAUUAGAAAAAAUCGGCGAAGGUACCUAUGGAACAGUAUUUAAAGCUAAAAAUAGAGAAACCCAUGAAAUUGUAGCACUAAAAAGAGUACGACUGGAUGAUGAUGAUGAGGGUGUACCAAGUUCUGCAUUGAGAGAAAUUUGUCUACUAAAGGAAUUAAAACAUACUAAUAUAGUCAGAUUACAUGAUGUGUUACACAGUGAGAAGAAACUGACUUUAGUGUUUGAAUAUUGUGAUCAAGAUUUAAAGAAAUAUUUUGAUAGUUGUAAUGGAGAGAUUGACCCUGAUGCUGUUAAGUCAUUUAUGUAUCAGUUAUUGCGAGGUUUAGCUUUCUGUCAUAGUCACAAUGUUCUUCAUCGAGAUCUAAAACCUCAGAACCUGCUUAUUAAUAAGAAUGGAGAAUUAAAACUAGCUGAUUUUGGUUUAGCCCGAGCAUUUGGUAUUCCAGUUAGAUUUUAUUCCUCGGAGGUUGUUACAUUAUGGUAUCGGCCACCGGAUGUUCUAUUUGGUGCUAAGAUGUAUUCAACAUGUAUAGAUAUGUGGUCUGCUGGCUGUAUAUUUGCAGAAUUAGCAAAUGCUGGUAGACCAUUAUUUCCCGGUAAUGAUGUUGAUGAUCAGCUGAAGAGAAUAUUCAAAUUAUUAGGUACACCUACUGAAGAAAUCUGGCCAGGUAUAACACAAUUACCUGACUACAAGCCCUUUCCCUUGUAUCAUGUGACAACAACAUGGCAGCAAGUAGUACCGCAACUUAACGGAAAAGGUCGUGAUCUCUUACAGCGUUUGUUAGUUUGUUAUCCAAAUGGUAGAAUAUCAGCAGAUGAAGGACUACAACACAGCUAUUUCGCUGACCUUAAUCCGGCCAUUAAACAGGGUUAAUCAUUUAUUUCAUGGACAUCAUUAUUUAUAUAAAAAACACAUGGUAAUCAUCGGUAGUUGUGUCUCAUUACAUCAAAGACAAAUCAAAAUUUAUUUAAUGUUAGGGUUUCACCCAUUUUGAUUCUGGCCAGAUUAAAAGUCUGCUCCAAUAUUUGUUAAUAUAUAUGAACACUGCUAAUAUUUCUGAAAGUAAAUGUAAUAUAUUAUUUACUAUAUGAAACUAUUGUUAAUGGAGAAAUGGACUGUAAUCUGGUCAGUUUAAACAAGUUUCACUUAUCAUAUUCAUACAUAUCAAGACAUUUUAAAGGGCAUUUUAAUUCAUUCCUGAUUGAUUUUAUUUUUGUGUUAUAACUUCUUAGACAUCUUUUAUUAAUAGAUCGACAUGGCACAGUAUUUGAAAAGCUGAGAAUUUAUGAAUUUUGUUUUAUGAUGUUCAUUCUUGGAAACAGAAAUCAUGUCUAAAAAAGGAUUUGGGGUAUAAUUUAAAAAUCAUGUUCAAUAUUCAAUAAAUCCUACAGCUAUAUUGGGUUAUGUAGAAUUUGGUCGUACUAUAACUAUACAUGUGGUUUAAUGGUUGAGAGUAAUAUAAUAAUC